AUGAAGAUGGACGGCUACAGUCAAAUGUUGCUCUAUGCCAGCCAGCUGGUCAUUGCUGUCUGCUUGCUGUAUACGAUCUACUCUUGCAUUCUGCUGUUUCUCAAUUGCUGCCGGGCGUUGGUGGAGCGUUCACAGAUGGAACGGAUUCGCUAUGAUGCCGAGGUCCCGCUCACCCUCGUCAACAAGCCGUUUGUCAUCCGGAAGGAGGACAGCACCGAAUGU